AUGAAUGGGGUGUCUCGGGAUGCUAUUUUGCUCAGAUUGUUCCCAUGUUCACUUAAAGACGAAGCAAGAGGAUGGUUGCAAUCGUUACCUCAAGGAAGCAUCACUCACUGGGAUGACUUGGAAGCCUUGGAAUUAUUAGAGUCUUUAGCCUCUCAGGAGUAUGAUAAUGCUCCCGUACCACAGAGAAGAGCGGGGAUUAUGAAGCUUGAUGGCUAUGAUGCUAUCCUGGCCCAGAAUGAUCAGAUUCUACAGUUUAAUAAGAAACAGCAACAACAACUAGAUGCUCUCACGAAGCAAUUUUCUGAUUUUCAAGUUUCUUCUGUUAAUACUCCAGUAGCUUCUGUUAAUACUUCUUCUAUUGUUUGUGAUAUUUGUGCAGGUGCUCAUGCUACUGAUGACUGCAAGGCACCCGAAACUGCAGAUGUUAAUGGAAUUUGGCAUGAUCAAAAAGCUCCAUAUAAUCCAGGGAGGAACCAAUACGGCAAUAAUCAGAAUCAAGGGUGGAGAAAUAAAAAUCAAAAUCAACACCCGGGAUUUAGUUACAGUUCGAACCAUCAGUUGAAUCCUCCUAUGCCAGUGCAACAGCAACCUCCUCAACAAUCAGAAUGGGAAAAGGCCUUUGCACAACUAUCCAAGACCACAUCAGACUACAUUCAAAGUUCCAAUAAUUUUAGAGAAGACACUUCAGCCUUUAUGCAAGAGACAAGGGCCUCAUUCCGGAAUCAAGAAGCUUCUAUCCGGAAUCUUAAAACUCAGAUUGGCCAGCUAUCAAAGCAGUUCACUGAAAGAGUUCAAGGAACUUUUCCAGGUAACACUAUUCCAAAUCCAAGUAGGGAACACUGCAAUGCGAUUACUACUAUGAGUGAGAAAGCCAUUGAACCUGUGGUAAAGCCUUCAGUUGAGAAAAAGAAAGAUGAUGAUCUUGCAACUGAAAAGGAAAAAGAAAAGGAAGUUGCCAAAGAAUUUGCUGCAGAGAAAACUGUUCCUGAGAAGAAAGAGUUCAAAUGGGAGAAAAAGAAAGCUCAAGAAAGGUUCAGAGAGGAAAUCAAAAAGCAGCAGUAUUCCAAAUUCCUUGACAUUUUCAAGAAGCUGCAAAUCAAUAUCCCGUUUACUGAGGCCUUGGAGAACAUGCCCAAUUACGCAAAGUUCAUGAAAGAUCUUCUAUCACGAAAGCGUAAGCUACAAGAAUGUGAGACGGUGACGCUGACAGAGGAAUGCAGUGCCAUUAUCCAGAAAAAGUUGCCUCCAAAGCUUAAAGAUCCAGGAAGAUUCAGCAUUCCAUGCAACAUAGGCAAUAUGGAAGUGAAAAAUGUUCUAUGUGAUCUCGGUGCCAGCAUCAACGUGAUGCCACUAUUUAUGAUGAAGAAACUGGGGAUCACUGAAGUAAGGCCAACCAAGACAAUAGUUCAACUGGCUGACUGCUUUACAAAGCAAGCUUAUGGCAUUAUUGAGGACAUACUGGUAAAGGUUGACAAAUUCAUCAUUCCUGUUGAUUUUGUCAUCCUUGAUAUAGAGGAAAACUUUACUAUUCCUAUGAUCUUCGGAAGACCUUUCUUG